UCUGGUCUCAGUGUCGCGGCAGCUUUCAGAAGAGGAGGACGCACGAUAGUUUCUCUCUCUCCCUCCCUCUCCCCUCCUCGUCCCACCACCCGGCGAAGAAGAGGAAGAAGAACCAAAGAAGAGGAAGGGAAGAGAAGAGAGGAAGACAGGGCACCAAACCACCUCAUCUCCUCUUGAUUCACGUUUUUCUUUCUCUCAAAAAAAUUUAAAGCGACACAAAAAAAAAGUUAUUCCGUCCAUAAUUUUUUAGAGAAAGUGAGAGAGUGAGAAAGAGAGACAGAGCGAGAUGGAGCGAGUGAAGGUAAUGCGUCCCAAUCUGUACGACGUCUUAGGACCCCUCGACAAGGCCCCAGCAGAUUACGGGUCCUUCGAGGUGGAGGGCGAGGCGGCAGCGCGGGAAAGCCUGGUGGAGGAGCUGACGAGAGAGGUGCGGGGCCGUGCGGGUGUGCUGGGGGUGGGGGAGGUGGUGGUGCCCCCCGAGCUCAUCCAGGCCGUGAAGGAGGAUGUGCUGAGGCUGGGAGAGUCUGAGCCGUGUGGACUGAGGGGCGGGGUGCUACACGUGCGGUACCAGGACGGGCAGGAGAUGGCGAGGGUGGUGGUGGACCCCUGCAUGCCCAACACCUUUGAUCUCUUCCUCACCCUCCAGCCAGACACCACCACCUGGUAUCACAAGAUGGGCAGGUUAAUUAAGCCCCUAAGGAAGUCCAGCCCGCUUCUCCUCAGCACAACCUACGUCUUGGAGAAGAGAAAAUUGUACCCAGAGGAGUGAGGAGACAGCCACCCCCCCCCCCUCACCCCCCCUUCAUUUCUCCUCUCCCUUCUCUUCGUCUGUCCCUGUUUCUUCUGCAUUUAAAAGAGAAUAUUACUUAUGUCUUCUCUAUCUCUCUCUCUUCUCUUCUCUGUCUCUCUUCUACACUCCAAAGUACAACAGAUAAGUACCUCUUUUUCCUCUUUUAUCUCUUCCUCCUCCUCCUCCUUCUGCCGCCACAAGAGCCAGCUGAUAAAAUGUAAACAAACGUAAGGAGAGAAGAGGAAGAAGAAGAAAGAGAAGAUAAGAAAAAGAAAAUCAUCGUCACGUGGCAAGAGAGAGAGAGAGAGAGAGAGAGAGAGAGAGAGAGAGAGAGAGAGAGAGAGAGAGAGAGAGAGAGAGAGAGAGAGAGAGAGAGAGAGAGAGAGAGAGAGAGAGAAUUUAUAUAACUGUGCACGUGAGCGAGAGAGAGAGAGAGAGAGAGAGAGAGAGAGAGAGAGAGAGAGAGAGAGAGAGAGAGAGAGAGAGAGAGAGAGAGACACUGUGUGUGUGUGUGUGUGUGUGUGUGUGUGUGUGUGUGUGUGUGUGUGUGUGUGUGUGUGUGUCAAAUUUAUACAAGAGCAAUUUAUAUACCAAUUUAUAUGAGUUUAUAUUCUAUACACAAACAAAUAAUGAGUGACAAAUAUAAUAAUAAUAAUAAUAAUAAUAAUAAUAAUAAUAAUAAUAAUAAUAAUAAUAAUAAAUUUAAUAAAAAUAAUAAUAAAAAUAGCGUGUGUACCUUCAAGCGGUUAGUUUAUGUGUACUACCGCUGUGUAUUUUUUCACUUGUGUGCGUAUUUUUAAGUGUGUGUGUAUGUGUGUGUGUGUGUGUGUGUGUGUGUGUGUGUGUGUGUGUGUGUGUGUGUGUGUGUGUGUGUGUGUUUAAAUUCACGUGGCAUGAUAUACUAUUCAAGCAACAGUAUUCUCCCCCAUGUGUGUGUGUAUGUAUGUGUGUGUGUGUGUGUGUGUGUGUAUCCAGUCACCAUAUAUACAAAUUAAUGUUAAAGAAGUCCUGUGUGUGUCUCGUCUUAUCAUUGUGGACUCAUGAUAGCAAAAAGGAGAAAAAUAUUAAUGACAAUGAUAAAAGUGAUAAUAAAUGUUUUUGAUACAAUAAUGAA